GGGGCGACAUUACAUAAAAAAAAGGCGAAGGGGGCGACAGAUGCUGAUGCGAGGGGGGAGAGAGUGGGAGGAGCGCGCGUACACGGGAGGCGGGAGGCGGGGCCAGGGAGGAGGAAGACAGCCGCGACGGCGACCAGUGCCGCGGGGCCAGCGGCGAGGAGAGCUCCGGGGUCACUGGAUCGAGCGUCGCAGGGGAGGAGGACACUCCACGGCGGCGGUGCUUGGGGCUCCGACGAGCGGUGGCGAGCGGCGACAGGAGAAGCUCCGCGGCGACGCCCUGAAGGCCAUCAGCCAUGGCCGUUGUGGUUUCGCGUGCGCCCGCGAGCGGCUGCACACUGGGUGGAGGCGGAGCUCGACGCAGCGCGCGAACCUAGCCUUGGUGCGACGGCGGCGCGGCUGCUGUCCUCCCGUCCAACCCGCAGCACGUCGAGCCUCACCGGAGUUCCUCCAUGACGCCGGCAGGAAGCCCCUAUCCUGCAGUCUCUCUCUGCUUCCUUCCCAUGUUCCCUCUCUGAAUUUCUCUCUCCUUCCUUUCUUCAGUAAGCAGCUGCCACUGCCCUCCAUGGAGCCCCGACGCCUCCGCCAUGAACCCAUCCAUCCCUCCUGUGCGCGCUCCCCUGCAACUCCAGACGCCGCCCGCAGCUCUCUGCAUCGAGCAGCAGCAGUUCGGGCAGAGGACGACGCCUCUGCCUCGACCGCUCGCCCCCUCUGCUUCGCGCUGGACUGCCAAGCCCCUCCCGUCCUCAUCCCAGUGCAGCUGCGCGUUCUCGCCUGCCCCCACGGCGAGCUCCGCCUCCUGCGUGCGGUCGCCGCCUCCCUCAACCUCCACCACCUGCUACAAGUUGGUGCCCAGGGCGUCGCAAGCUGCCAGCGGCGGCAGAGUUGCUGCUCCCGUGUCGUGAUUGGACUCCGUGUUCUUCUCCAACAGCAAAUACGUGUUCUUCUCCAACACCAAUCAAUGGAUUUCCCGAGCCGGAUUUGAGUUGCCUACUAUAAGAAGGAAGGGUCCUCGGACCAGAAGCUCCAUCAAAUAAAAUCAAAUCCCGUCGAAAUUGCAAUCUUCCUCGAAACAUCCAUGUCGCCGCCGAGUUCGCCGGAGGAAGAAGCGCAGAGUUCGCCGGAGGAACAAGAACGUCCGUCCAACCAUCCAAUGUCACUGCCGGCGGCUACAACAGAGGCGUCGUCUCGUUUGACCUCACCGCCAUCGUCUCCGCCGACUUCGCCGCAAGACAAUCUGCCAUCGCCUCUGCCGACUUUUCCGGAAGACCAUCAGCCGUCGCCUAGACCUACUUUGGUUCAGGCUAGAAAGCCUUUAUUUGCAGAUAUCAUUGCUAGCUUCCGUCAUAGCUGGGAUCAAUGAAAGAAUCUGUACUUACAACCUGUUAACCAAAAUAGCAAUGUGUUGUGAUUUUGAGUAAUAAGUGGCUUCGCACUGAUGCAAGACGAACAGCAGCCGGCUUAGAUGAGUCACUUGAGUGGUGUCUUGAAAACAACAUGAGCAAGACUGGAGUUGAUGGGCAUUUGAGACUGUCCCUUUUUGAUGGAAAUGUUCUUCAGCUUAAUGAAUCCCACCUUUGUCAAGCAAAGGAUCAGUGAUCUCGUGCAAGGUCCAAAUGUUACCGGUGAUCGUGGCUCUACAGAAAUGAACAACCGCGACCAGUCAGAUUACGAAAUGUUCAGCCAAUUUGACCAUGUCAGAUGCAGUUUUGCUUGGGGGAGACAUAAUUUGUGCAUUCAAGUACAGUUUUUGUUGCGCUCACAGGAGAAAGGACUUAGUUUUGUAUUUCAGGCAUUGAGACAGUCCACUUUCUAAAAGAGGUGGUAUGUUUGUAACCUAACUGUGCCUACGAUCAGCAAGAAAAUCAGUAUAUCACCAAAUUCUACAAA